GAGGAAAAUAGCACUCUGCAUUAUCUACUGCAAUUUUGGCGUCUUUCCGCUUCGAGAUGAGCAAAACUCACCUCUGACCUCAUCGUCCUCGUCAUCAUCACAAUUGAGCUGUGGAUAGGAGGUGGCCAUGGCGACUGAAUCCCAGUCUCCUCCUCAUUCGACCCCUCCUGACCAAAGUGCCCAGAAACCAGCUGGUGUCAUGCAACCAAUUCCAACAACUGAGAAUCAGCAAAAUGUCCAGGCAGAAGCUACUAAGGAAAAUGCUUCAACAUCUGUGUUUGUGAAUUCGGAACCAAUGCGAGAGGAUCAAGUACAGAAUGCAGUGAAAUUCCUCUCUCACCCGAAAGUUAGGGGCUCUCCAGUAAUGUAUAGACGAUCUUUUCUUGAGAAGAAGGGCCUUACAAAAGAGGAGAUAGAUGAAGCUUUUCGACGAGUGCCCGAUGCACCUCCUAGUGUACAAACUUCUGGUGUGAAUCAAGCAGAUGGACAGAAGACAUCAUCUAGUGUUCAGCCACAAACCUCUGCACCUGCUGCUCCUACAAAUGCUGUUUCUCAAGUGGCUUCCGUAACACGUUCACGGUUUCAUUGGUCUCAUGCUGUUCUUGCUGUAGGAUUAUUGGCCGUUUCAGGAGCUGGAACAGCUGUUAUAAUUAAGAAUGCUGUUAUUCCUAGAUUAAAGUCAUGGAUACGUAAGGUUAUCUCAGAAGAAGAAAAUGAAUCAGUUGAGAAAAAAGAUUCUAAACCAAGUGUAGCGGAGGAAGCUGCAGCUGCUGCAAAAGCAGCUGCAGCUGCAGCAACUGAUGUGGCAAAAGCUAGCCAGGAAAUGAUGAGUUCGAAAAAUGAAGAGAGGAGGUACUUUGGGGAGCUUAUGAAUAUGUUAGACGUACAAGUGCAAGAAAUGAAGUCAAUGGGUAAUUCCAUUCGGAGAUUGGAAGGUGAAACAAGUGCUCUUAGGAGAACCUCUGGCAUCGAUCAUGAAAGCCAUCAAUUAAAUGUCAUAAACUCAAAGAAACCAUAUGUUAAUGGCAAGGCAGACUAUGACUCACACUCAGUUAGAUCUGCCUCACCUCCUGCGUCUGCAGAGCCAUCACUUGGACCUCCACCUCAUCCAAAGUCUUAUAUGGACAUUAUGGCCAUGGUACAAAGAGGGGAGAAACCUCCUAAUGUCAGGGAGAUUAAUGAUUCACCUCCAAACCCUAAUCAACAACCAUCAAAUCCUCGGUUAGCACCUAGAUCUAAGCCUUGGGAGGUUAGUCAGACCCAGUACUACCAAAGCCAGGUAAUUCAAUCUCAAGGGAGCGGUGAAGGAUUUAAUUCCAAUCCCCAAGACAAUGGGCUCAACUAUUCAUCAAAUGGAGAUGGUCCAGUGCCGUGGUGGCAACAAAAGAAUCCAAGAAUCACUGAGAUUGAAAGUGAAGAUGAAUUGAAGACUAGGUCUUAUGGACCCCCAACCAGUGAACAACCAAUUAGGCGUUCAUGGGUUCCACCUCAGCCUCCACCUGUGGCAAUGCCAGAAGCAGCUGAAGCCAUCCGAAGGCCAAAAUCUUUAGCACAGAAGGAGCUUUCAGCUGAUGAUCAGUCAGAAACACGUUCAUCAGAUGUAACUGAUGAGUUGCAGAGGAUUACAAAAAUAUCUGAAUCUGGGGGCCCGGUUGAAAGUUAUACUGGGAGCUCAUCGAUGAACUCAAGUGAGAUACAAGAAGCCAAAGAUGAAAUUUAUGGGUGAUCUGAGUAACCAGCUUCUAUCUAUAAGGGUAGGUAUUGGAAACCAUGGUGGCUACCAGAAUUGUUUAUCGCAAUAAUCCGCAGCAGCGACUUUAUGUUACAGUUUCUAUCUGUUCUACAUGGAAGCAUUAUCAAACACCAUAUUACUAUAUCAGUUCAUGAUACGCAUCAAAUUGGAUGUUUAAGUCGGUCUGUUGUGAAGGAUCCCAACUCUUGUUGCUCUGGUCUUGCCUUUAUCAGACAACCUCAUAAUAUGUUGAUCAGCAAAAAGUAUUGUAUCUUAAAUCAUGAUUGCUAUGUAUUUCAGUUUGUUACUGCAUAUAAUAAGAAAUGAUGGAAAAUAUAGUUUCCUUUUAGGCAAACAUUAAUGAUAAUAAUAAUAAUAUAAUAUCUGUUAUAAUGAA